AUGACUUGGGUUCCACGGCUUCCGUUGCGUCUUACGUCACGGCGUUAAACCCGGAAGACAGCACGUGUGGUGGAGAGAAUCUCCACCUGCUUGAGGCCUCGAGAGAUUUUUUCAGGAUCAGCAGUGAAGCCUCGUGUCCUCCGUCAUGGCCGUGAGAGCAUCAUUUGAGAAGAACAACGAGAUCGGCUGCUUCGCCAAACUCACCAACACGUACUGUCUGGUGGCGAUCGGCGGCUCGGAGAAUUUCUACAGCGUGUUUGAAGGGGAACUGUCAGAAACCAUCCCGGUGGUUCACGCUUCCAUCGCCGGCUGUCGCAUCAUCGGGAGGAUGUGUGUGGGAAACCGUCAUGGCCUCCUGGUGCCCAACAACACCACGGACCAGGAGCUGCAGCACGUCAGGAACUCUCUGCCCGACACCGUGAGGAUCCAGAGGGUGGAGGAGAGGCUGUCGGCCCUGGGCAACGUCAUCGCCUGCAACGACUACGUCGCUCUGGUCCAUCCCGACCUGGACCGGGAGACGGAGGAGAUCCUGGCCGACACCCUGAAGGUGGAGGUUUUCCGUCAGACUGUAGCGGAGCAGGUCCUGGUCGGCUCGUACUGCGCCUUCAGUAACCAGGGCGGCCUCGUCCACCCCAAGACGUCCAUAGAGGACCAGGACGAGCUGUCGUCUCUGCUGCAGGUCCCUCUGGUGGCGGGCACGGUGAACCGGGGCAGCGAGGUGGUCUCUGCGGGGAUGGUGGUCAACGACUGGUGCGCGUUCUGCGGCCUGGACACGACCAGCACCGAGCUGUCCGUCAUCGAGAGCGUGUUCAGGCUCAGCGACGCCGCCCAACCAUCGGCCAUCGCCACCGCCAUGAGGGACUCCCUCAUAGACAGCAUGGCCUAGAAGACUCCUCCUCACGUUUCAUCACGCCGUCGCCGUCUGCACUUAGUUUCAUCUUUUAAUAAAACGUGUCCGGGAGGGAUUCAUAAAACCAGGAGGGAUCAGCUCCAGACUCGCUGGACUCCACCUGCCUCCGUUUACUUUAAGCCCGGUUUCUCUGCGCUCGUCUGUCGGUGAACGUCGGGAUCUAAAAGAUGAAGACGCUUCAUGUUUGAGCUCUGGAACCAGAAAACCGACGAAGACGACGAUGCAGCGACUUCACCACCUUUAAUCUGGACGUUUGUGGCGUUGAAGCAGAGAUGGAUGUUUUUCUUUUGUUUUUCCUCAGAUGAAACGAACUGAUGAUAUUUCUUAACGAACGUCUGUCUUUGUAAAAUAAAGUUAAUCAACCUCUUUU